CCCUGCUGAAGAUGUGGCCGCGAGAGGAGCUGUUGAAGCCCAUAUGGCACGCGUUCACUGCCCUGGACGUGGACAGUCGAGGGAAGGUUUCCAAGUCUCAGUUAAAGGUGUUGUCUCACAACCUGUGCACAGUGAUGAGGAUCCCUCACGACCCCGUGUCCCUCGAAGAACAUUUUAAAAACGAUGACACAGGGCUUCUGUCCAACCAAGGCUACAUGCCGUACCUCAACACGUUCAUACUGGACAAGGUGCGGGAGGAUUUUGACGUGCAGGAUUUCAACAAGAUGUGCUGGACCCUGUGUUUCAAGAAAAAUAUCUGCACCAAACAUCUGCUCAUCACACAGGACGAAGCUUUCAAAGUCUGGUGCAUUUUCAACUUUCUGUCAGAAGACCACUACCCACUGGUCAUCAUCAUUGAAGAGAUUGAGUACUUUCUGCGUAAGGUGCUGGAGGCCAUGGGGAGCGAGUGGAGUGAGGAGAAGUUUGCAGAUUACAAGCUGCAGCUGAGCUCGGAGAACUGCCUGACUGCCUGGGAGCUGAUCGAACUGGUGGGACUGGGAUACUUCAGCAAGGGCAUGAACCAGCAGACCCUGUCCCUGGGCAUCAAUGAGGUCUACCAGGAACUCGUACUGGAUGUGCUCAAACAGGGAUACAUGAUGAAGAAGGGCCACAGGAGGAAGAACUGGACCGAGCGCUGGUUUGUCCUUCGACCCAACUCGCUGUCAUACUACGUCUGUGAGGAUCUUCUGGAGCAGAAAGGAAAUAUCCUUUUGGACAUAAACUGCUGUGUGGAGUCGCUGCCUGAUAAAGAUGGGAAGAAAUGCCUGUUCCUCAUCAAGUGCACUGACAAAGGCUUCGAAAUCAACGCUUCAGAUAAAAAGAAGAAGCAGGAAUGGAUCCAAGCCAUUCAAACGUGCAUCCAGCUGCUGAGGCUGGGGCUGUCAUCUCCUCACCGCCAGGCGCGGCUGAGGCGCAGGGAGCUGCGGCAGAAGCAGCAGGCCGAGGAGGAGGACCUGAUGGAGAAGAUGAAGCGGCUCCAGGUGGCCAACGAGCACAAACAGAGAGAGCUGGAGGCCAUGAGGGAGAAAAUGGAAGAGACUGCAGCUCAAGCAGCGUUAGAGGAGAAAAGGAGGAAGAAGUCUCAGUUAGACCUACAGGACCGCCACAGGCUGGACCUGGAGAGAGAGAAAAUGGUGCAUCAGCAGAUGGAGAGGCAGGUGGCGCAGAAGUCCUGUGAACUGGAGCAGUACCUGCAGCGCGUCCGGGAGCUGGAGGACAUGUACCACCGGCUGGAGGAGGCCUUAGAGGACGAGAGGCAGGCCAAGCAGGACGAGGAGGCCAUGCGAAAACUGCAGGCCAGGCUGCUGGAGGAGGAGGCGGCCAAGAGGGUCGAGCUGGAGCAGAUCCACCUGCAGCAGCAGAGGGCGCUGUCUCAGACCGAGGCUGAGAAGCAGGAGCUGGUGGCCGACCAGCGGGCCAAGGAGAGAGAGCUGCGGACAGCCAUGCUGCAGCUGGAGAGUCUGGAGAGGGAGUGGCAGGGAGCAGUGGAGCAGUAUGAGGAGGUGUCCAGGAAGCUGAAAGGAGCAGCCAACAAGUCAAAGUCUUGGAAAGACAAGGUGGCCAAACACGAGGGGCUGAUGCGUCUCAUCCAGCCAGGUGAUAAAGCACCUCAGAGAAUCACCAACUGGGGUCCAGCAUCGUUCACUGACACAGAGCUGGAGAUGAGGAAGAAGUCGUGGCAGGAGAGGAAGAACCAGAGGCCUCAGGCUCAGUGAACACUCACCACGCUCAGGGACUGAAAGUGACAGUGGAGCCCAAACGGUCCCAUUUCAGAGCUUCUAUAACGUGAACCUACUGAGCCGCGUGAUAACUGCAAAAUACAUAUUUCACUCAUUCUUUCUGAGGUUACUUUUAAAUGUACAGUUUGGAUUAACUACGUUUCAUCAUUUGGCCUUUUUCUAAAUUAUGUUCAAUCUUACAAAAGGCAUGACCAUAGACGUAAUAGUGUGACAAAAUAAUCUUAAAUCAAGUUCCACUUAGUUUUCUCUAGACUGUUCUUGUGUUAUUUUUAUUUUUUCAUAUUGUGUGUUCACACUCACAGCAAUGUGGCCAAUAGUGAGUUUCUGACCAAGCUCUACUCCAGUCCAAAGUGGUUUAUCUCAAACAUGAAUCAUGGCUUCAUCAGGUCGGUGUCUGAGGCUGUUUCCAGUUUCCUUAUGCAAGAUACUGUUAUCAAUCAUGAAAUCAAAAUGCCACCACAGAUGCCAUGAAUACAACACAUUACAAUAGUCCAUUUCUUCAUUCUGUGACCACAAAUACAAAGUCUUCAUUUCACAACAAUCUAACAAAUACAAAUUGAUGGUUAAAACGGUUGAAUAUUUAUUUAUUUAAUUCUGUAUUUGUUUAAACUAUCUGUCCAGACUGCUUCAAAACACAGUGUAUUUAAACGGUCAUCACUUAACAGUACAAACAAAGCUGACUAAUAUUUAGGUUUGUCUACACGUGAACACAUCCAUAUAAGGGCGACAAUUCCAAUAGCUUUUACUGUAAAGAAAUACAUGUUGUAGAUUCUGCAGAAACCUAUUGGAGUUAAGUGGAGCAGGUCCUCUCCAUCUCAAAUCUCCUCCUCUCUUUACCGUAGUGUCCUUUGAUUCCUCCGGCUGUUCUCUCAGACACCGCUCUGAUGAUGGGAAGAACACCGGGCUGAUAACGUGUGAUGUGCUGGAUAAGAGCUGUGUGAUGUAUUUUAAAAUAGAUGCUUUUGUAAAGAUGAGUGAGUAGCAUUUGUUGAAGCCUUAACUAAGAUGACAAAAAAAAUAAAACACCAUUUUU